CAUGGGAUAAGCUCUAGUUCACCUGUGACCCACAUGAGGAAAAGGGGUAUAGAAGAUGGAUGGAUGGAUGGAUGGAUGGAUGGAUGGAUUGAUUAUUUUGCCAUUCAAACAGCCUAUUGGCCGUGUAAUGUAACGUUGCUGUCACAAAGAAUGACCGAGGUGCUCCCCGAGGCAAAUACGUUGUAACUGCACACCCUUGUUCAACUCUGGGAGAGCAGGAAACUGCACUUUUUUUAUGGGUGGAGGACUGCAAUGGAGUGCAUGGUUUCAGGCUGGACAUCUGUUGCUCGUGCCCACCUCCCAACCCUCCUCCUCCUCCAGGCCGGUUCUCUGGGAGGGACGUAGCGCACGGAGGGCCCUAGAGACACACUGAGAUUCAGAGAGGAGACUGCCAGCAUCAUGACUGCUUCAUCUAUGGCUCACACUAUAGGAAAACACUCCAGCGCAAAAGAGGAGAGGAAGAUGCGGAAGCCUCUGAUCGAGAGGAAACGACGUGAGAGGAUAAACAAUUGUUUGGAUCAGUUGAAAGAGACUGUGACCAGCGCCUUCAGACUUGAUCAAUCCAAACUCGAAAAAGCCGACAUACUCGAGAUGACAGUGAAACAUCUGCAAAAUAUCCGGACUAAUAUACUUCAUGACCCUCUGGAGUCCCAGCAGAAAUACAGCAAAGGAUACAUCCAGUGCAUGCAUGAAGUACACAACAUGCUCCUCACCUGUGACUGGAUGGAUAAAACUCUUGGCUCUCGCCUGCUCAACCACCUCCUCAGGUCUCUACCUAGUUCCACUCAAGAUCACACCCUAGAGCCCACAGCUAGAAGUGAUGUCCCAACUCCGGCCAGUCCAGGCACCCGACCCCGAAACACAUCCAUCAGGGGAGACCAGAGCGAGCAACCCACCUGCCAUGUGUACGCAGUCUCUGGACACCAGGAAAGAGCUGUGCCCCACAGCCCCCACUUCGGGAUGCUGAAGAUGUGGCGGCCCUGGUGAACCUCUGAAUUCCGUCAGCAUGUUGUUAGGCCAACCUCUGUUAUGUAUCUUAUAGAUAUGCUGCUCAGAAGACAAACGUGGGGCACUUUUGUUCCAGUCAUUAUUGUUUUAGGUGUGCCAUAAUGAUUCUAUAAAGACCUUUGCUCUGUACUUCCCUUCCGAAGUUGACUUCUCGUAAGCCUGCAUUAUAGAAGGCUCUUAUUAAUCUUUCAUGUAUUUAUUGUAUUAACAUACUAUUUAUUUGCUAUUAUAAUGUAUCACUUUCCAUCUUUCUCCCACUUUCUUGGCAUUGCAUAGAUCUUUGUCUGAUCCUUUUGCUGGAUUAAUAUCAGUGAUAAUAAAAUAUAUUAUUUA